AUAAUUGGCUAGUAGUAAAAUACGUAAUGUAAAAAUCAGUAAAAAUAUAUAAUCUGUAGAUUUGGAUAGACGGAGUACGAUUUUACAAAACAAUUUAAAUUAGGUAGCCGAUACCAGAACACAACACAUCUAAAAAAGAUUGCAGUUUAAUAUCAGAUCAUUAAUAUCUAGUUAUGAUUGCAGUUCAUUGCGGUGCUGGUCAAUAUAACUCUGGAACAAUAAAAGAAUACAAAGUAUUAAGUAAAAGAGCUUGCAAAAAGAGUAUAGCAAUUUUAGACAAAGGAGGAACUGCAAUACAUGCUGUAAGAGAAGCCCUAACAGUGUUGGAGAACGACCCAUCUACAAAUGCAGGUUUUGGUUCAAAUCUUACAUUAGAAGGCUAUGUAGAAUGUGAUGCCUCUAUCAUGAACGGAGAAAAUCUCAAAUUUGGAGCUUGUGGAGCGGUCAGAAAAGUUAAAAACCCUAUUGUAUUAGCACAUGAUAUCUAUGAGAAACAAUCAACUACAUUGCCAUUAGGAUUAAUUCCACCACAACUCUUGGUUGGAUCUGGAGCAUACCAACAUGCUAAGAAAUCUGGUAUAAAAAUUGUCAAAGAUGAUAAACUGAUAAGUCCAAAGGCUUUAAAGUAUUAUAAGAAAUAUAAAAGACUUCUUGAACAUACCACACUCAAAAAAGAUUGUGCAGACCCUGUAGAAUUCACUAUUGAUUAUUCAAAUCGUAAUGAUACAGUGGGUGCUGUGUGUAUUGAUGAGAGAGGGCAUGUAGCAGCUGGUUGUAGCUCUGGUGGGCUCCUAUUAAAACGUCCAGGUCGAGUAGGACAAGCUGCUCACUAUGGCUCCGGCGUGUGGGCUGAUAGUUGCAAUGGACAAGACAGGUCAUCUGUAGCAGUAUGUACGACGGGAUGUGGAGAGCAAAUCAUGCAAACGUUUUUAGCAAAAGCACUGGCUGAUGACCUAAUUAAGAAUACGGAUUGUCCUACAGUGAGCCUGUACAAAUCAAUGACUGAAAACUUUAUGAAUUCAAGGUAUUUACAACAAACUGAAGCACCAAAACUAGGGGGAGCGUUAGUUUUAAAGGCUGAUAGUUGUAGUGGAGACAUAUCUUUGUUGUGGACCCAUACCACACCAUAUUUAGGUAUUGGAUACAUGAAGAAAGGAGAAAAAGCCGCUCGUAGUGUAAUUUCUACUCUACCAAGAAACGCCAAAGAGGGACAUUCAGUAAACGUAGGAGGCACAGAAUUCUGUUACAAAAAACCAAACUCGUUCUCUGUAUAAUAAAAUAUUUGGAGUCGUUGUAAAAAGUUUAUUAUUUUGUCGUUGCACAUUAUAAAAAUCCUGAAAAAAACCUAGUUUACUCUUAUAAAUUAAAACUAUCCUCUAAAAAACGCAGAAGAAAAAAAACAGCUUGUGUAAAUAUCACUAUAAAAUGGUAAUUUGUUUCUGUCUAAAACAAGUUACAAAACAAAUCUUUUUUUGCACUGCCUGAAAAAACCUAGAAAAAAAAAUACUGACGAGAUAUUAUAGGAACUCUGUACAUGUUUUUAUAAAAUAAUUGUCACCAGAUAUUAACAAAAUAAACUUGGAUAUUCUACUAAUAAAA